AUGGCACCUAACUGGACUUUGACGAAGCCUCAGGCCGUCUAUGCUGGAGUUGGGCUUGCGCAGGAUAUCAUUACGCCCAAAAGCAUCUGCGAGGGCCUCAAGCAGCACGCUAACGAGUACCGCGGCCACCCGGCCUACGAGUCCGGCCUAGUUGCACACUUCAAAGUUGCGAUUGACGAUCUUGUGAGGCGCCAGAAGCAGUUCCCCAUGCAUGAUGAGAUGGCUGGCGUGCUCUGGGAGUACUUGUUCACUGACUUGAAAUUCAUCACCAAGGAGGUCAAAAAGCACGUUGCUUUUGCGCGCUGGACGCGCCGCAUUUCGGACGAGUCAACGCGGACGCACGGCCAGUUCUCGCUCGCGUUUCAGAAGGAAAUACUCCUGACGCCACCCAACGACUUCCCGGACUUCGACUUAACGCAUCCUGCGUGGUACCUCGGCCCCACGCGCUGGUGGGGCUUAUAUGAACAUAUAUUUUACGCGCCCAACGCCCAGUUCACGCGCGAGACGCUCGCCAACGUCUUCUCGAAGAAUAUCGACGACGACGACGAACACAUCCUCGACGAAGCGAUGAUCAGGUUCGGUGACGCCGAAGCCACGCCGGGAGCGUCAGCCACGGCGGGAGCGUCGGCCACGGCGGGAUCCCGCGCGACCACUGCUCCUGCCGCGUCAACGAAAGGUGGGAAGGCGAAGGAGAAGGCUAAGGAUGAGGACGAGUACGUUCAUGGUGAGGAUAGCGAGGAGGGGAGUGUCGCGGAUGAGGAUGAGGAGUUGGCUGCGGACGCGGAGGAGGAGGAGGAAGAGGAGGAGCCGAAGAAGGGAAAGAAGGGAAAGGGGAGGGCGAACCCGCGGACGCAGGGAAGGGCGAAAUCGAAGCCAGCGGCUGGGAAGGCAACGGGCUUUCAAGUGCAGGAUUCCGACGACGAGGACGGCAAAGCCAAGAAGCGCAAGACUCGCAGCAACAACUGGGGUCUCCCAGGCGGCAUUGGACGUGAUACCAUCGACUUCGGCCUGACCUAUACGCAGAUCCUCGCGAAGAAGCCGGCCAAGGGCCCCCUCGACGCAGGAUUAAUCUGGAGCAUCUACGAGAUGCAUGGCCUUGCCAGUGGCGAACUUCUGGAGCUUCCUAAGUGCGACGAGUGCGUCAAACGCAACUGGCCAUGCAUCUUCCGCGGCUCGCAGUCGUGUCAAGGCUGUCACACGGUCAACGCAAAGUACAGCCACCAGCACACGACCUUCGUCGACGGCAACAACAAGCCGUUGAAGGCCAGCGACUACCGUCCUUACCUUCCCAGGCACAUCGACAUGGUGGAGCAGCUGCUCGCGGGCGCGUUCAUGUCGAAGGAGCAGCAUAGGGCCUGGUUGGAUGAUAAAUACCGCAUCCAUGACUCGCUCACGCCAGCUGGGCGCGCCUUGAUCCAGGCUGAACAGCAACAGGCGGCUCUUUCGCACGCCACGCGCAAGGCCAGCUCAGCGCCAGAGACCGCUGCAUCCGACGCACCGUCCCAGCAAGCAGAUGACGACGGGCCUAUGGACAAUACAGCUGCUCUGGACGUGCCCAUGGAGCUCGAUGUUCCACACGACGCGUCACAGGAUCGCAAGCGCGCCCGUUCUAUCUCCAACCCCUCUGGAAACGCGCCAACAAGCGAUCCGCGCCCGACAAAGAAGCUUAAUAUGCAGAACAAGUCCGCAUUGUUGUCCGGAGCCACGGCGGGGUCACCUGCAGCCACGGCGGUCCCGGGAGCGUCGACAAGCUCAAGGUCGGUGCAGCCUGGUCAGUCAAGUGAGUGGGCGCCCCGGAAGGCUCCUGUCGUCAGUCUUCCGCCAGUUGGGACGGCGGCCGCGUCUGCCACAGCAGCUGAAUACGCGCUCUUGCGUACGCGCAUCGACGCACUUGAGCUGAGCCACCAGGCCCUCAUCAAGUCCACGGACGAGUACCGGAAGCAGAACGACGCCAACUAG